ACACGAAAGUUAUCCCGUCAAAAUUUAAUUGCUAACAUGAAGUCGAAUUGUAAAAGAUAACCAAGCAAAACAUUAUUAUUAGAGUUUGGAUUAAUUUUCUUGCGACAAUGUCAUACUCGCAACUUUCGUUAAAAUCAGGUUUUCCACGAGCUACGCUUGCUAAUGGAAUUGGACGUUACAUAGGCCAGUUGCAAAGGGUCACUUUGAAAUUCUGUAAAAAUCACGGCGCAAGUAGGGGGAUACGUGAUUUUAUAGAAUAUGAUCUUAUAAAUUAUGCCAAAGAAAAUCCUGGGGUUGUCGUGUAUGUCAAACCUAGAAGACAUCGUGGUCCCGUUAUUAAAGCUGAAUAUCUUAAUGGUCAAACCCACUGGAUUUGUUGCCGUAAAUUUAGUCGAGAAGAUAUUAUAAAGUACAUGGAGCUUGUACGUACGCAAUCUUUUGACGGCUCUACUUUACGAUUAAGAAAAUUCUGGCAUACAGAAUUUCCAUCUAUUCAAGGCCCCUGGACACCUUUCACAUUUCGAGAUCCAAAAUUAAAUAUCACCGAAUUUCCAAAUGCUGAGCUUGGAAAGUGCAUAAAAACUGAACCAACUGCAACAGAAGAGAUUAUUGAAUUAUUUAAAAAACAGCAAAUAGAAGAAAAAUCUAUUGCACAAUUAGAAGAAUAGAGCAAAGUAAUUCAUCGAUAACAUUUUAGGAACAU